CUUCCGAGAUCAAAUACCCGGUUUCUUCCUCGGCUCUCAGACUGCAGUCUUGCAACCCACCGCCGAGUAUACUUUUCUAGCUUCGGUAUAAGAUCCCCCGUCCGUCCUUCCGAUUCUAUAUUCACCAUGAAUACCAUUUGCGCAUCCGCCGCGCGAUCGAUCCGGCCAACCACCUUCUCCAAGACCGCGUACCGUCCCGUGUUCCGUGCAGCCGCUAGACCUGCAGUCCCCGUUGCUUUCUUUCACAUCACCCGACAAAACAUGGCGGCGCAAAAGAUCAAGGUCAAGAACCCUGUGGUGGAGCUUGACGGUGAUGAGAUGACCCGCAUCAUCUGGCAAGAUAUCAAGGACAAGUUCAUUCACCCCUACCUGGACAUCGACCUCAAGUAUUAUGACUUGGGCCUGGAGUAUCGUGAUGAGACCAACGACCAGGUUACCAUUGAUGCUGCCGAGGCUAUCAAGAAAUACUCCGUAGGUGUCAAGUGUGCUACCAUCACUCCUGAUGAGGCGCGUGUCAAGGAAUUCAACCUCAAGCAAAUGUGGCUUUCACCAAACGGUACUAUUCGCAACGCCCUGGGAGGCACUGUCUUCCGCGAACCUAUUGUGAUCCCGCGUAUCCCUCGUCUAGUACAAGGAUGGAAGAAGCCCAUCAUCAUUGGCCGCCAUGCUUUCGGUGACCAAUACCGAGCAAAGGACAAGGUCAUCUCCGGUCCCGGAAAGCUGUCAAUGGUCUUCACUCCCGAGGGCGGCAAGCCUGAGGAGAUUGAGGUCUUCCAAUUCAAGAACGGCGGUGGAGUUGCGCAAACACAAUACAACACGGAUGAGAGUAUCACUGGGUUUGCUCAUGCCAGCUUCAAGCUUGCCCUCCAAAAGGAGCUUCCUCUGUACAUGUCCACCAAGAACACCAUUCUCAAGAAGUACGAUGGUCGCUUCAAGGACAUCUUCCAGGAGAUCUACGAGGCUCAAUACAAGAAGGACUUUGAGGCCAAGAACAUUUGGUACGAGCACCGUUUGAUCGAUGACAUGGUCGCUCAGAUGAUCAAGAGUUCCGGUGGUUAUAUCAUGGCUUUGAAGAACUACGAUGGUGAUGUUCAGUCCGAUAUUGUUGCCCAAGGUUUUGGUUCUCUGGGUCUCAUGACCUCAGUCCUCAUCACACCUGACGGCAAGUCUUUUGAGUCUGAGGCUGCCCACGGCACAGUCACGCGUCACUACCGUGAGCACCAGAAAGGUCGCGAGACCUCUACAAACCCUAUUGCCUCCAUCUUCGCCUGGACCCGUGGUCUGAUCCAGCGUGGAAAGCUGGAUGAGACUCCUGAAUUGGUUGCCUUCGCUGAGUCCCUUGAGCAGGCUUGCAUUGACACCGUCGACAAGGACGGUAUCAUGACCAAGGAUUUGGCCUUGGCUUGCGGGAAGACUGGUCGUGAGGACUACGUCACCACCACCGAGUACUUGAACGCCGUUGAGAGGAGGAUGAAGAACCUUCUCAAGGAGAAGUUAUAAAUACCCCUAAGGUGUGGAGGUUUAUCUUGAAGUCAGUGGUAGAGCAUACAGUAACCACCGAGACUUAUUAAGAUGUAUUGGCCUGAGUAUCGACAUUG